AUGCACAAUUGUCCCUUGUUUAUUAUCCCCGGUUUCAUUGUAUUACUACUGAGCAAUGUCGCAGUCACCACUCCAGAUAUACUCUAUCGUGGUGACUCGCGCACCGGCAAGACCAUCAAGGAUGGCGGAGGCUUCAAGGCAAAAGGCUAUAACAACCCAGAGGGUACCUUAUUUGAGCACGUAGAAGGACAACCGAAGUAUCCUUCUCGAGACCCCUACAUUCCUACUUCAGAAAGUCUCAGUUUCUUCAAGGGAUACGUGCCCGAAAAAGGGCGUAUUUUCUUCAUCGACUCCAGUAAAAUCAUCGAAGACAUUUUCGAUGUUCAAGCCGAGUACGAUAAAGCAGGGUUGCCGUAUGGACAUGCAGUUGAAAAAGAAUUUGCUGUCGGGAAAUCCAUUCCAUGGGAAGCUAUAACCAAGGUCUUGAAGAAAAAUGAGAAAGGAGAGUGGGUACCCAUCAAAUUGUCCACAUAUGCGACACUUGUUGGCGCGGACAUAUUUGAAGAUGUCAAACCUAGCAAAGGAUGGGCUCUUUCCAUCGCCAUGGUGUCCAUGGUAAACUCGUACAGCGGAUCGGCAAACAUUAGAAACGCUUGGAGAUUCUUCACCACUGGCGUUAAGAAGGCAGUGGGUAGCUGCGGCGAGACCGAUGGGCAGGAACUUACUCCUUCGGUGCCGAUGGACUCAAGGGCGGAUCCCAGAAACCCACCAUGGCCCGCAGGCGAUUUCACGCUGAUUAUUGAGGGAGAGGAGUGCCACUACAAGUGUGAUGGAACGAAUCCUGGCAGUCUUUUCUGCCCGGACAGGGGGAUCUCUUGUGCGGAGGAUACUGCGAAGAGUUCAGUGGAAGGUAUGAAGAAUUGCGACUCCAGAGUCUCAUUUCAUGCUGUAGUUUACUGCGACUUUUAG